UUUUGUGAAUACGCCCAAAUCAAACGAGUGAAGUAUGUCUUUCUAAUUUGGGAUUUCGAGGGGUUACCACAAAAAAUGUUCGUUAAAUUCUUUAUUGCUUCAUCUACUGUGAAACUGGAAACUUUUUGAUUUACAAGGUCUCCCGCAUCCCAACGACCUCGCCCCCAAUCUAACAGGUUUCAGUUUUUAUUAAAAAAAUCUAGACGAUGAGAGAAACCCUAGCAUCAACCUCAUCAUCAACAACAUCCGAUAGCACUCCACCAAUUGAAUCAGCUUGGAUUAAUGCUCACGAAAGAUUAUCACCUCGUUGGCAAUCCUCCGCUCUUUCGCCCCAGUCGGCAAUUCCAAUCGCAAUAUCUAGGGUUAACCAGGUGGAUGCAGGGAGGCUCGACAUUGAAAUGUCAGCCAUGCUCAAAGAGCAAAUGGUUAAAGUUUUCUCUGUUAUGAAGCCAGGAUUAUUAUUUCAAUACGAAGCAGAACUUGAUGCUUUCCUUGAGUUUCUUAUCUGGAGGUUCUCAAUUUGGGUUGAUAAACCUACUCCAGGAAAUGCUCUCAUGAAUCUACGAUACAGAGAUGAACGCACCAUGGAAACAAGAGCAAAACUUAGAACAGGGUUAGAGGGACCUGGGCUCACAGUUUAUCAGAAAAUAUGGUACUGUGUUGCUACAGUUGGUGGUCAGUAUAUUUGGACUCGUUUGCAAUCCUUUUCUGCUUUCCGCCAGUGGGGUGAUUCUGAACAGAGGUCACUAGCUCGUAGAUUAUGGUUUAUAGUACAACGCGUUGAAGGAUUUUAUAAAGCUGCAUCUUUUGCUAAUCUGCUUGUAUUUCUUUACACCGGAAGGUAUAGGAAUCUUAUCGAGAGAGCUAUAAAAGCAAGACUUGUUUAUGGGAGCCCUCAUAUGAAUCGUGCUGUUAGUUUCGAGUACAUGAAUCGCCAAUUAGUUUGGAAUGAAUUUUCGGAAAUGUUGUUGUUGCUACUUCCCCUUCUCAAUUCGUCUUCCAUGAAGAAUUUUCUUCGUCCAUUCUCAAAAGAUAACUCUUCAGGUUCUGCUGGAGAUGAAACACUAUGCCCCAUCUGCCAGGCCAAUCCAACAACCGUGUAUCUCGCCCUUCCUUGUCAGCAUAGGUAUUGUUAUUACUGUCUUAGAACGAGGUGUGCUGCGACUCCGUCGUUCCGGUGCACCAGAUGCAGUGAACCGGUUGUUGCGAUGCAACGGCAUGGUGGUUUGGUCGACACGAUAAAAGAAUAAGGGCGUUUAUGUCUUUUGCGUAGAUGAGAUGUGGGGUUUAAUUUAAUAAGAAAUGAACAUUUCUUGUAACACAAAAGA